AUGCAAUUAAAUCACUGGUUUGAAUAUGAAAGUGGUCAUGCAUGGUGUGAAAGUGCCUACAAAUACCAAACUAUUUCAGUUGUAGCCGAAUUUGCCAAUACCGUAACAAACUUACCGUUGAUCGCGCUACCAUUGGUAAACGUUUGCCUUAUAAAACCAUAUAUUGAAAAUGUUAAUUGGGUUGUAAUCCUGCCUCAUAUUCUCUUAACUAUAAAUGGUAUUGCAUCUACCUAUUAUCAUGCUACUCUCAAUCUUUUUGGUCAACUUAUUGAUGAAAUUAGCAUAUUAUGGUUAAUAAUGAUGGGUAUAGCUACUUAUUUUCCAGUUACAAGAUUUUAUCCACAACAAUACUACAAAUAUGUUAAUAGGGUAAGAUGUGUAAUAGCCAUAGCGACGGCAGUAGUCAGCACAUUUUGUUUCGUGAAACCAUCACUGAACGCUUUAGUGCUUAUGUUGUGGUCUAUACCAUGUAUUUCUGUUAUUUAUUACGAAGGUACAAAUUCGUGUAUUUCUGAAAUUGCCGGUUUUCCCGGGAAGAUACUAACAUUGUGGACUGCUGCUUCGAUAUCCUGGAUAUCAGAUCGAAUUUUUUGCGACUUUUGGCUAUUUUUAGGAGUUCCAUAUUUUCAUGCGCUCUUCCAUUUGCUGAGCAGUUUGGCGGCAUACAACGUUUUCAUAAUGUUUUCCUUAAUUGAUAUGCACAGUCAAAAGAACAAGCAUUACUACAAGUAUCGGAUAAAGCACUUUCCCCAUAAAGGAUAUAUCAAAUUACCAUAUAUCGUUCUCGAUUACAAAUUUCACUAA